GGGAGGUGUAGAGUUUGGCCAUGAAGAUACAGCGACAGAAAAAGCUGAAGAAGCGUCUUGAAUUUUUCAAGAAUAAUUUUGGAUUCAACACUCCUUACAGCUUGAUCGUCGACGGAACAUUCUGUUUCGCGGCAUUGUCGCACAAGGUCAAUAUAAGAGAGCAAAUCCCAAAGAUCCUGGAAGAUAAUGUCAAGAUUCUUACUACUCCAUGCAUUGUCACUGAAACAGAAAAGAUGGGUCCUGCACUGUAUGGAGCAUUCACCAUAGUGAAACAGUUUGCCCACCACCAGUGUGGACAUGAUGUUGCUGUCAAUGGAGCGAAGUGUGUUCGCAGCAUGGUGAAGGGAGGCAAUAAGUCUAAGUACGCAGUGGCCACACAGGACCAGGCGCUGCGUGCGCAGCUGCGCACCAUGCCCGGCGUACCGAUCCUCUACCUACACAACUCGGCGCCCACGCUGGAGAAGCCACCGGAGGUCAGCACGGAGCGCGCCGGACGCCGCGAGGCCGACAGGGUGGGCCUGUCGGAGGACCAGCGCCAGACCAUCGCGUCACUGAAGCGGCGCCUGCUCGGCGAGACGGAGCCGACGCUGCGCCGCAGCCGGAAGACGGCGAAGGGCGCCAAUCCGCUGUCCCGGCGCCGGAAGCAGGCCGCACCGGCACCCGAGCCGGCCGAGGAGGCGACGGCCGGCCGCAGCCGGCGCCGCCGGCGGGUCCGGGUCCGCGUGGCGGCGCACGUCAAGGAGGAGUUGGCGCGCCGCCGGUCGCCAACAGUCGGCGGCCCGACGUGA